AUGAAUAUAGGACUACUAUGCGCGGGCUCGAAUGCGUACGGUCAACUUUCCACUGGCGGCACCGAAGACAGACAUAGGUUCUCGUCCGUGCUGCCUGGCCUUCCGACGAAUACCAAGCGCAUACUGAGCGUGUCAUGCGGAGCAAAUCAUACACUAGUCUUACUUGAGACUCUUAACGAGGCGGGCUCAAAUAGUACUGAACUGUGGGGAUGCGGCGAUGGACGGAGAGGCCAACUGGGGCCUUCAUAUGACAAGGACGGUGGACCUUGGACGACUUUACGGCCGAUUGACCUGGAUCUGAAGAGGCAGGGACUAGAUGCGUACACGUUGCGUCUCGCGAGUACGAGCUGGGAGACCUCUUACUUGGUGCUGUCUACCCCUGGCAAGGACGACGUUCUUCUAUCCAUGGGCUCGAACGAUUACGGCGACUUGGGGGUUGGUAUCUUCGACGCUGAGUCCCAAAAGUCGCAGGCGUGCCAUGAAGUCAGAUUUAACCAUGUCUUAGGAUCUGAAUGGGCCGCCCGUACAAUACGUAUCGAGGCUCUUGCGACUGGUCUCCACCAUGUCAUCGCUCUCCUGGGAGGGGAUGACAGCCGACGUGGAAUCCAAAUCGUAGCAGGGUGGGGCAUGUCGAGGCACGGUCAACUGGGACACGCAACCAACCCGCCGAUCCGCUCACCUGCGUUUAUCUCGAUACCUUGUCUCGUAGCAUCGGACGCUGCCUUAGGACGCGUUAUCGCUGCUGGUUUGGGUCACCAACACACAGCCUUGUUGCACGAUUCAGGCCGAGUCACCGCUCUGGGAUCCAAUCGCAAAGGCCAACUGGCUGGCAUUGAACGCUGGAGGGAUGUGAAAUCCGUAGGCUGCACCUGGAACGGUACCUACGCAGUUGUACAACGCUCAGACCAGACGCAUAUACUCGCUUGCGGAGACAAUCGCAAGGGCCAGCUAGGUUAUCAAGAUGGUGCCGACUCCUCUAUCCCUUCCCCAUUUACUUCCGUCACACACCGACUCUUGAAUAUGGCCUGCGGGAGCGAGCACGUUCUAUGUUUAUUUGAGACUAGAGCGUCUGUCUCGAGCGAUUGGUCGGAUCAGUCUCGUACCGGUACCGAAGUGUGGGGGUGGGGGUGGAAUGAGCACGGAAAUUUGGGACUGGGGAACACAGAGGAUGUUCCGCAGCCUGUCAAGAUAUGGCCACCUCGGUCAGAAGAAGAAGAAUCUGCACCCGAUGGGAAGGUGCUCUCGAUAUGGGCUGGGUGCGCCACGAGCUGGAUAGCAGUCGAUCGGUAG